AUGCUGAGGGCCUGCACAGGAGGAGAGGAAGCCUGUCACUUCUCUGUGCCCCUGCUCACUGCCAAAGAAGAGCUUCGAGGCUUCCCCACUGCCCUUUCUCUUUGCAGGUUGAACUGGCGUAAUCUGAUCUCUCCAUGGCUAAGACACCGCCAGUCAGGGCUGCAGGCAAAAGGCCAAAACUUUAUGCUGGAGGACUCCACCUUCUGGAUCUUUGGGGGCUCUGUGCACUACUUCCGUGUACCCAAGGAAUACUGGAGGGACCGCUUGCUGAAGAUGAAAGCCUGUGGCUUGAAUACCCUCACCACCUACGUUCCGUGGAACCUCCAUGAGCCGGAAAGAGGCAGAUUUGACUUCUCUGGGAACCUGGACCUGGAGGCCUUUGUCCUGACUGCUGCGGAGAUCGGGCUGUGGGUGAUUCUGCGUCCAGGCCCCUACAUCUGCAGUGAGAUCGACCUCGGGGGCUUGCCCAGCUGGUUGCUCCAAGAUUCUGGCAUGAGGCUGAGAACAACGUACAAGGGCUUCACCGAAGCAGUGGACCUUUAUUUUGAUCACCUGAUGUCCAGGGUGGUGCCACUCCAGUACAAACAUGGAGGACCCAUCAUUGCUGUGCAGGUGGAGAAUGAAUAUGGUUCCUAUAAUAAAGACCCCGCCUAUAUGCCUUACGUCAAGAAAGCCUUGGAGGACCGAGGUGUUGUGGAGCUGCUCCUGACUUCAGACAACAAGGACGGCCUGAGCAAGGGGGCGGUUGAUGGAGCGCUGGCCACCAUCAACUUACAGUUGCAACACGACCUGCAGUUGCUGACCACCUUUCUCUUCAGCGUCCAGGGGGCUCGGCCCAAGAUGGUGAUGGAGUACUGGACGGGGUGGUUUGACUCGUGGGGAGGCCCACACAACAUCCUGGAUUCCUCUGAGGUCUUAAAAACAGUGUCUGCCAUCAUCGAUGCCGGCUCCUCCAUCAACCUCUACAUGUUCCAUGGAGGCACCAACUUUGGCUUCAUAAAUGGAGCCAUGCAUUUUUAUGAAUAUAAGUCUGAUGUCACCAGCUAUGACUAUGACGCAGUGCUAACAGAGGCUGGGGACUACACGGCCAAGUACGUCCAGCUUCGGGACUUCUUUGGCUCCAUCUCAGGUGCCCCUCUGCCUCCCCCGCCUGACCCUCUUCCCAAGACUGCAUAUGAGUCAGUGACGCCAGCUUUCUACCUGUCACUGUGGGACGCCCUGAAGUACAUGGAGACACCAGUCAAUUCUGAAAAGCCAGUCAAUAUGGAGAACCUGCCAGUAAACAAUGGAAAUGGACAGUCCUUUGGGUACACUCUGUACGAGACCACCAUUGCCUCAUCUGGUGUCCUCAGUGGUCUUGUGCGUGACCGGGGACAGGUAUUUGUGAACACAGUAUCUAUAGGAUUCUUGGACUAUGAAACAAAGGCAAUCAAUAUCCCCUUGAUUCAGGGUCACACCAUGCUGAGGAUCUUGGUGGAGAAUCGUGGGCGAGUCAACUAUGGGGAGAUUGAUGAUCAGCGCAAAGGUUUAAUUGGAAAUAUCUAUCUGAAUGAUUAUCCCCUGAGAAAAUUCAGGAUCUACAGCCUGGAUAUGAAAAAGAGCUUCUUUCAGAGGUUCAGCUCCGACGAAUGGAACCACGUCCCUGAAGUACCUACAUUCCCUGCUUUCUUCUUGGGGGCCUUGUCAGUUGCCCUUUCCCCUUCUGACACUUUUAUGAAGCUGGAGGGCUGGGAGAAGGGGGUUGUAUUCAUCAAUGGCCAAAACCUUGGACGCUACUGGAACAUCGGACCCCAGGAGACCCUCUACCUCCCAGGUGCCUGGUUGGACCAAGGCAUCAACCAGGUCAUUGUUUUUGAGGAGAAGAUGGCAGGUCCUGUGAUACAGUUCACUGAAACACCCCACCUAGGCAGGAACCAGUACAUCCACUGAGCAGCACCGCCCGGCACCUCCUCCUGGUGGGAAGGAAGCAAGAGGGCGCCACCCUCCUCCCGGCUGAUGGGAGGCCUGGCAGGCCCCUCGCAGCCUCGCAGCAUGAGAGUGUCCUUAAGUAGCAACCUCCGGGAGUCCAGGGGCCACAGCUCUGCCCACUGUUUGAGUUCAAGACCCUAAACCUGGAGACCUGAAGAGGAGAGGUAGGAUGGCCAGGGAGGGACCCCUUCUUACCUGAAGUGGCUUCUUGACCCAGCUCUAUUGAUGGCGCCUUUCUACUUCCCUGCUCUUCUGGGAGAGGACAGAAGGC